AUGGAAAGAGGAACGGUCGCUCCUAGGUGUCUCCAACCUUCACCGCGGGCAGCACGCAAAAGCGAGUGGCUGAGGAGCACUCUCGCCCACCAUCACCGCCCCGACCCCGGCGCGGAGAACGAAAUCGUCGUUCUGGCCACGGGAGUGGACCAGUAUCUCCAAGAGGUCUUCCACCACCUCGCCCAUCCCAACCACGACGACGUUGUGUCGGCGGAGGACUUCACCGUGCUCUGCGCCCUGCUAGGUCUUGCCGGGGCGGCGGAGGAGAGGGCGAGGGAAGACGGUCGGAGGGAAGGUGAGAGGGAAUUUCAGGAUAUUUGUUCGGGGCUUCCUGACGGGAUUUCUUUCCGGGACUUUCAUUCGCGGCUCUGCGGUUACUUCCGUGUCCGCGCCUCGAGCAGCGGAAACGGACAGCGUUUGCCCGUUACCGAGGAGACGGAGUUGGUGGAGCGCGAAAUUCGGUGCCGGUGGCCCCGCGUCCGGCGGAGAAGGUGUGUUAGUUUCGACGUCAGCAGCAGGGGUCAGAUCCGGGCCUCCCCGAGACCUCUCAGAGGACAAAACCGUACGGAGGCCUCUGAGAAAGCUGCUGAGGAGGCAGCAGCUCUAAGAGAGCUGGUGGAGGAUCUCCGUUGUGCACUACAGGGGAGUGAUGCCCGCUGCCUGGCACUGGAGGUGGCACUCAGACGGGAGAGAGCACGCAACCACCCCAGUUCCAUAGACUUCAUUUCUUCAAGCAAGGCAACUUCUCUUUCUCCUACAGUAGAAAAACAGGCUACAACAAACAAUACAAGUCCAGAUUCCCUCAGACAAAAGAUUGGUGUAGAAGGAGAAGGGGAAAAGAAAGCAGCACGAAGGCGAGAUGCCAGGGACCCAAUUCUCAGGGAGCUGAAGUUGAUCCGCUCCUCUCGUGAUGGACAGAUGGAGGAGGCAAUAAAAUUCAAUCGGCAGCUGGAAGAGGAGCUGUGCUGGGCUUAUCAGGAGGUUCGCAAACUAGAACGAGUGGAGUCCUCACUGCGGACAGAGAAUGCUGAGAUCAGGAGGCGAGCAGAGGAGGCCAGGGAAGCUCUGAGACAGGGACUGCAGAGAGUCCGCAUGAUCCAGGAGCAGGCUGAGACUGUGCCACAGCUUCGGACCAGGAUCGCACUGCUGGAGACUGAGCUGCACCAGCACAGGUCUCACUGCAUCUGUACUGCUGACCCCACCCCACAGCCUUUAUACCCAGCGGGAGGAGAUGACAUUCACCACAGAAAAGAUGCUGAGUGGCUUCAAAGAGCCGUGGAAGGAAGAGCUGCUUCUGAUGAAGAAGAAGAGGAGAGGGUGAAGAAGAAGGAGCAGGUGAGGGUAGAUCGAAGGACAGAAGAGAGACAAUGCUGCCUGGCCGAGGUGAAAAAACUCAUCCGCCAACUGCACAGCUGUGACAAAGUAAGUCUAAACCCAGUGGUCUGCCAUCUCCAUGACAAAAACUUCCUGGGAAGGGGGCACAGUUGGAAGGGACAGACCCAGUCAGAUGGCAACAGAUGCUUUGGGCUGGAAAAGAAACCUGAGGAGGAGCGCUCACAGCUGGAGAUGCACAUAGAGAAGACUGAAAAAACACACCUGUCUCUGCUGGAGGAGAAGCUCACAGAUGCCCUCACACUCCUGCUGCAGCUACGCAACAAGAAUGUGUCUCGCAGGGCUCUGGGGAAGAUCUUGAUGGACACUCUGGAUAUGUGUAGUAGGAGUGGACACGGGCCCACCAAGGUGCUCCAGGUGGCCGAUGCACUCUGUGUCCAGCUGACAUCCAGUGACCUCUUGCUAGAGGGUGAAGGCGAUGGAGGUGAGAGAGUGGUUUGGAGGCGAAAGGAGAGUGGCACACAUGGCUGGGCCCUCAGGUCAUCAAACCACCAGCACCAACCCUCUGGUCAUCUCCUGUUAACAACCACUAUCCAGCUCUUCAUGUCAUGUGUGUGUAUAGUCACAUAGAUAGCAUCUAUCCUAUGGAACCCCAUUACAGAGUGAGAUGCACAGACAAACCACUGUGUUUAUUUUAUUGGGUUUUUGCAUCUUGCAACUUUCCCAGAUUUCAAAACCGGUUUGUAUUUAAGAAAAAAUUGCUUGCUAAUUAAAUAUUCUAGUAUUUUAUAUGUUAUAUAUUCUAUUUAAUUAAACUGUGUUUUCAAUCACUUGUAUUCACAAUAACCUCCUGGGCUGGGAAUACAAUCUAAAGAAAAUCUAGCGAUCAGCAGUCUUGUCUCUCAUCACUGUUGGAAACUCAUGUAUUAUUUUCCCAGCCACAGAUGUGGUGUUCUGCUAUUGUCACUACCUUAAGAAAUAUAAUUUCCUUUUGUAUAAAAAGAAAAAUCACAAGUCACAAAAUCUUUUUGUGUUUGCGUGUUGGGGAAAAAAAAGAGAGAUAAAGGAAAUGAGAGGGAAAAAUAUUUAACAAGUUCAUAAAUUGUCAUCACACUUUCUUAUUUCCCAUUAGCAAGACCACAGUCACAUCUUCUGGGCACAUCUUGGGCUCAGUAGUUAUAUUGUUCAUGGUGAUGCUAGUAUUUAGGGUGUAGCAAGCUUCUGACUACUUUUCAAUUUGUAGUCUGUCAUUUACUUCAAAAAAUGUUCAACAGCGUUCAAACCACACUGUGCUAACCAUCACACACUGACAACUUACUGUAUGCAACCUUUGUAUGAAGGCCUGAGCGCACAAUGCAUGGUGGAUGUAAAGAUGAAAAAUACAACUGAAAAUUAAAAUUAAAAUAAUUACUGAAAACGAAGAGGAAAUAUUGAAAAGUUACUUGACUUUAAUACUGUGUAUAUGACGGUGCAGUGCAGUGUGACUUAACCGUUUUAUAUAUCGGAAGAUUUUCCUCAUGAAAUA